GCUGCGAACAAGUUCGUGAAUGGAGCUCUUCAGGAUCGAAAGAGGAGAACAAAAGAAGAUCCAGGGCUUAGAGAGGACUGGCAAAAGGCCAGAGCGACCCAAAAUCGAAGUCGAUACGGCAUGUCCAAGGAAGAGCUCAACUUCCUAGCACAGUACCACUAUCUUGAAGGCCUGCGAAGCGUUGAUGGGGUGAGUCACUGAAGGAUGCAUAUAUUUUCGGUGAUCAGCUGUCUUUGUUCCCUGCUGUUUAUGUGAAUGUUAACUGGCUUGUCUGCGUAGCUGACGAAGGAGCACUAGCGUGAUUCCAAGGCCAGUCCAACAGUGCACUGCAGCAUAUGGAGUGCUGAACAUUUGCUGGCUAACAUUUCAGCCUCUCAAAGUUUGCCAAGUUAAAAGGAAGUCUUGUACAUCACAAGGAACACAUUAUCAAUCAAACAUCGUUUCGGCACUUACACAGUCACAAAUUAAUUCAUGCUAUGAAAGGGCUAAUCAAAGCAGUAGCCUGAC